CAGAAUAAAUUAUAGUGAAAAGUCGGACUAUAUUUCUACAGAACAAGGAAAAUGAAGAUAUUUUCUCGUAUCGCUGUCAUGUUAGUAUGUUGCAUAAUAUGCGUGUAUGAGUACAUGUCGUUGUCAAGCAACCAAUCACGGAAUAAGAAAGAUUUGUUACUGAAGAUCGGACACUUUCCACUGAGUACGUUAUCCCAAAUUCAAGAACACGAAUAUACAGAGAGAGUGCACAUGCGCAGUCAUCGCGACAAUGAUUCUUACAUACAAGUAUCGACCACAAAACCAGGAGCCUGUGAACCAUAUAAAUAUUUCAUAUUUGUUAAAACUGCAAAAACUGGUGGAAGUACUAUAGCAUCCCUACUUUACAGAUAUGGUAUCAAUACUGGCCUUGUAGCGGCAAUUCCAGACCCGCCUGCUAAAUUUAUGUUACGAGUCACGAGUUCUGAAGUGCAAGCCACACAAUAUUCAUGUAGUGAAACUGGAUUCCCGGGAUACAAUUACAUUGCAAGUCAUUUGCAUCGUUAUAAUUUCAAUUCUCUCAAGAACUUUUUACCAAGAGCAAAGUUCAUAACAAUUCUUCGUUCACCAGUUGAUACAUUUGUUUCUAGAUUUUAUUUCUCAAAUGUUUAUAAAAUGUUAGGCUUACAGAAUAAAGUCAAUCCUCUUCAAACAUUUCUUACCGACAGUGCUUACCGAGAUAUUAAAGAAAAGGUGAUUGUGCCCCGAGUGCCAACAUGGUUUAGUUUGACGCAUGAUCAUAGAAUAUCUGAAGUAAGUAAAGAGUUUGAUUUGGUUAUGAUAACAGAGUAUAUGGACGAAUCUCUCAUUCUACUGAAAAAGAUGAUGUGUUGGACAUUUGAUGAUAUAAUAUAUCAUAGCAAGAAGGUAUCUGGUGUGAAACGACCAUCUCUAUCAAACGAAAUGAGAGAACUAAUUGAAGAAGGAUUGCACCUUGAUAUUGAAUGGUAUGACCAUUUUAACAAGACACUAUGGGAUAAAAUAAAGAAUUAUGAUGGUGACUUCAACGCAGAUCUAUCACUAUUUCGUUUGAAGCUAUCUGAGAGUGAGGAAAGGUGUAGAAAAAACAGAAAAGACGACGAGGAUUAUUGUAAAUUUCUUUCACGGGAUGUUGGACAGCUGAAGAAAAAGCUUGCAAAACAGCAGUAUGAAAGGUUUUGUGGAAAACAAUUCACAAGAGCAAUGCUUGGCAACAAGACGUACAAGGGAAAGACUUUCCGUAAACGUUGGGAGUGA